GCAUUUAAACUCGCUUCAUCCGACACUCCGCUUUACCAUGGAGCAUUCCGGUACAAAGUCGGGUGUGGCCUUCCUAGAUACCUUAGUGACAGUAGUGACCCAGGGCCAGGUUACGAAGAUUGAAACGGAACUUUACAUAAAACCUACGAACUCAGGGAUCAUCCUGCACUAUAAAUCAGCCCACCCGAAGUCUACUAAACAAAACAUAGUCCGUAGUCAGUUUCGGCGAGCGAUCAGGAACUCUUCGAGCAGUGCUAAAGAGAGGGCGAGUAUAGACAAGAUUUGGACAUUGUUGGUUCAAAAUGGGUACCCAGAGAAAGUUCUUAGAAGGCUCUUGUGGGAGGUCAAACAGCAAGGGUCCAGAUCCAGGAUGGGUAAAGUUAGUCGAGACAAGGGCGAAGAUGGCUUCUUAUGUUUACCGUACAUAGAUGAAGAACUGCUAUGCAAAAUUCAAAGUAAAGUUAGGAAAUCUGGCUUAGCUGUCAGGAUAGCAUGGAGGAACCCCCAAAAGCUACGAAACAAACUGGUUAGAUCAUCACUAUCUAAACCUAUCUGCCCUGGAGGCCCACGAUGCAACAUGUGUAAAUCAGAUUUUUCAGGUGAUUGUACACAGAAGAACGUCGUCUACAGGCUAAAUUGUAAGUUGUGUGAAGGAAAGGGUGACGACGGCACAUAUAUUGGCGAGACAAAACGACCUGUUCGACUAAGAUUUAACGAACAUUUACGAGACGCCUUGAGCGCAUCCGAAGGGACCCCGAUGGGAGACCACUUCCGUGAGCACCACCCCGGCGCGCCGCUAAACAAAUCAUCCCUUCCUCUUCAGGUUCGCGUCCUUUAUCGCUCCAAAGACCACCCGGACAGAAAAAUCGCAGAAUCCCUACUUAUAAAAGCAAACCGCCCGCACAUAAACUCAAAUCUUUCGUCGUGGCCAAUCAUGUAAGCGCCUGUAUCAUGUGUAUCUUGUGAGCGUGUAGCCUUUUCAACUCAAUCGAUUAAUAUGUGUAUGUGUAUAUUAUUUUGUUAUGUGUGUGAUGUACAUCGGCGUUAGUGUACAUACCUUCCAUACGAUGUGUGUUUGACAGCUACGUGUACAAUUGUAUAUUAUGUAUGUUACGUACAUCGGACACUAUGUAGACAAUCGGUCUAUCAAAUAGUUUGCCCUUAUGAGUAGCGCCUUUCCUAAAAUAUCACGAUCUUCGGUUUUUGAAAAAUGGCAGACAGAUUAUUCACAGGAUCGUCUUUUAACAUUGUUAUCACGUUGGUUUGAUAAAGGCCAGUGGCCGAAAGCUCACCGUUUUUUAAAAUAUAUUAUUCGGCUUUUUACAUUUUUGAUGUCGAGGAAAAGGUCAACUUCUUUUAUUUAUCUAAUUAUAUUCGAAAUGAGUUCUCAUUCCAUCCGCUCAAUUCAAACGAAUGCUCCGUCCUUCUCUAGGUUUGCUCAUUCCCGGAGCUGUCCCAUAUGUCGCCUCAGAGUGGACAAAUGACAGUGGACACUCUGGCACAUUUGUCGGGUGUGCGUUCGUGCGUCUUGUCACUUGCUAAUACUGCACUGUCUCCCCGCCACGGCUCAUUUACUCUCCGCAUAUGUGAAGUCAAGCGAAUAGACUGAGCGUUGGGAGCGCUGCGGUCUUCAGUGAGAGAUAUGCGGAGACGGCCAGGUGGUUGACGAGACGAUCUGAAGCCAUCAGGAAGACAAGAUCUCGGGCCGGGCAGUUUCGAUGUCGAGUGGAUCUUACUGGAAUGCGGACUGGCCGGUGCUUGUGCCCGGUGGGACCGGAAUUUAUGUUCUGAAGGUGACGCGUUCGACACUCUAACCGAGAACAUUGAUCGAGCUACCGUCGAACUUGUGUCAUCGGACACUUGUUUGACCCCCUGACCUGAGGGAUUUAACCUGAGAACACCACAUCUACCUUGCCGCUAGAAUUUCUCGUUCAGCACUCGCAGCUAAUGUUGCUGUUCUUCGUUGCCAUCACUACUGAUGUUUUUACCGCACUGUCAUAAGACCUUGUUAUCGAUAUGGGGCUGCCGUCCGGAUCUCGGCGGUAUUACCACCAACGCACCUAAAUACAAGCC